AAGAGUUGCAGUGACCUCAUCCCUCCAGCAGCUGCUGCGACGAGGACCUCUUUCCUGCAACUUUUUGUAUGAACUUCGAAGUUGAACAAUCGCAAAAGGAAGCAGACACUUGGAGUAAGCGGGAACAUCGCGUAAGAAAAGAUAAUAAUACUAUUUUGUUGACGUUUUCGUGGUGUAAAUCUAAAAAGUCGACUCGCACUUUUAAAAAUAUUUUUCGUGGCCAAACAUUGUGAUAGCAGUUUCCCUGGAAUCUGUCUUACAACCGCGGAGGUGGGGAGAAGAAAGAUCAUCCUGAGAGACGGACACACACAGGGCAGGAGAAUGUACCAGACACUGACGCCUCUUAGUUCACAUUGCCCACCAGAGACCGAAGCAGCAUGCAGACCUGAGGAGAACCAACACUAGCUACAACGUUCUCCCCCUCCUCCAGUCCUCCCAGCCACCAAUGUUCUGUGGAGGAGAAUGCGGGUCGGGCGGAGAACGCGGGUCGGGCGGAGAACGCGGGUCGGGCGGAGAACGCGGGUCGGGCGGAGAAAGAGAGCGAGAGCGGAGCUCGGGUUCAGGCUCGGCGCCCACGGCCCAUAGCAACCUGUCGGCUAAACUGGGCCACCUGAUCAGCCCUCAUGACUCCUCGAUGCUCCGGAACAUCCACAACACCCUGAAGAGCAAGAUGCACCACAGCAGACAUCACAGCAAAGACAACCGCUACCUGUCGCCAGACGGCUACCAGGGCUCGCCGCGUAAAGGCAUGAGGCGUAUCCGCCAGCGCUCCAACAGUGACAUCACUAUCUCUGAGCUGGAGGGUGACGGGGGCGAGGGCUGGUCCUUCUCCGGCUGGACGCCCAUGCACCGAGAGUACGGAAGCACCUCCUCCAUAGACAAACACACGGGCUCAGGGGAGAGCUUCUUCGAUAUGCUCAAGGGUUAUACAUCCCAGGAGGCUCCAGACCAGCGCAGCCCGGCACCGGACAGACUCAGGGAGCUGCUGACGGUCGCCCCGCACAAACAGGCUGCCUUAGAUCUGCCCGAUGGACCUCUGGGUACUGCCAGAGGUAGCCCCUCCAGUCGCCUGAAGGAAAGAGAGAAACAACUCAAAAGGAGAUCCAAGUCGGAGACGGGCGGGGAGUCCAUCUUCCGGAAGCUUCGUAGCGCCAAGGCCGAGGGCGACUCUUCCCGUGCCGGAUCAGACAUAGAGGACGGGGGGCGGGAGGACGGUAACAGCCCCAAACCCUGGACCUGUCAGAAGGGCUUCGCCCACUUUGACGUGCAGAGUAUCCUCUUUAACCUCAACGAGACCAUCCAGGGACGACAGUCCGGUGGGAAACCCAAGAACACCACCACGGGAGCUUCCGCUGCCGCCGCCGCCUCGGCCUCUGCCACUUCCUCCCUCUCAUCCAAUCAGAGCGGAGUAUACGGUGGGGGUGGGUCUCCGUGCGGGUCGCAGGAGGAGCUAAGUGGGAAGGAGGGGUGUCCGGGUACAGGAGGGGGACAUGGCACUAACCCUGCCCUGGAUCCUGGGGAUGACAAGAGCAAUGAACUGGUGCUGAACUGUCCCUGUUUCAGGAAUGAACUGGGAGGAGAGGGAGAGAGGAACAUCUGCCCUUCUAAACAGCAGGGUAGUAUAGGCAGUGGAGAGAGCUCUGGGGGGGGAGGUGGCUCAGAGGAGGGGCCCCUGGAGACCACUCUCCCCCACUUCACCAAUGCCGGGGUGGCCGUGCUGGAGGCCCCUAAAGACGGACAGGGACAACACGCCGACAGGGCCAAACGAUCUGUAGAACACUGUGACCUGGGGGCCUACUACUACAGGAAAUACUUCUAUCUGAGGGAGCAUUGGAACUACCUGGGUGUAGAUGAGACUCUAGGUCCAGUAGCAGUGAGUCUGAGGAGAGAGAAACUAGAGGAACACAAGGAGCAUGGACAACAGUACAACUACAGAGUCAUCUUCAGAACCAGCGAGCUCACCACCCUGCGUGGGUCCAUUCUGGAAGAUGCUGUGCCCUCCACCUCUAAGCACGGCCUGGCUCGGGGUCUACCCCUCAAAGAGGUGCUAGAUUACCUGGUACCAGAGCUGACCGCCCACUGUCUCAGACUGGCUCUCAACACACCUAAAGUCACAGAGCAGCUGAUGAAGCUGGACGAACAGGGGUUGAGUUUCCAGUUAAAGGUGGGGGUGAUGUACUGUGCGUCGGGACAGAGCAGUGAAGAGGAUAUGUAUAAUAAUGAUUCGGCAGGUCCUGCUCUGGAGGAGUUCCUUCAGCUGCUGGGGGAGAGGGUCCGACUGAAAGGAUUCACCAAGUACCGAGCCCAGCUGGACACUAAGACUGACUCCACAGGGACCCACUCCCUGUACACCACCUAUAAGGACUACGAGGUGAUGUUUCAUGUCUCCACCAUGCUGCCCUACACACCCAACAACAAACAACAGCUCCUGAGGAAGCGUCACAUAGGAAAUGACAUAGUGACCAUCGUAUUCCAGGAGCCUGGGGCUCAACCCUUCACCCCUAAGAACAUACGCUCUCACUUCCAACACGUGUUCGUAGUGGUGAGAGCACAUCAACCCUGCUCUGACAACACCACUUACAGCGUGGCGGUCACUCGUUCUCGUGACGUCCCGUCCUUCGGCCCUCCCAUCCCAGAGGGCAUGUCCUUCCCAAAGUCCUCCACAUUCCGGGACUUCCUUUUGGCCAAAGUCAUCAACGCAGAGAACGCCGCCCACAAAUCUCACAAGUUCCGCGCCAUGGCGACACGGACACGUCAGGAGUACCUCAGAGAUCUGGCAGAGCGCAACACCACAUCGACCCCCAUCGACCCGUCCGGGAAAUUCCCCUUCAUCUCAUUGGCUCACAAGAAGAAGGAGAAGAGUCGUCCGUACGCGGGGGCGGAGCUUCGGAGCCUCGGCGCCGUCACGUGGGCGGUCCACGCCGAGGAUCAUGGAGUGGGAGGAGAGCUCGAAGCGCUAUUGGCUAUCUCCAACGACUUCCUCAUCCUAUUGGAUCAGGAGGCCAAGGCCGUGGUGUUUAACUGUGCUACUAAGGACGUGAUUGGCUGGACGCUGGGGAGUCCCGCCUCCAUGAGGAUCUUCUAUGAGAGAGGGGAGAGUGUGUCUCUGAGGUCUGUCAGUAACAACACAGAGGACUUCAGAGAGGUGGUGAAACGACUGGAGUACCUGACUAAGGGUUGUGAAACGUCUGAGAUGACACUACGUCGUAACGGGCUGGGCCAGCUGGGUUUCCAUGUCAACUACGAGGGCAUCGUGGCAGAGGUGGAGUCGUACGGGUACGCCUGGCAGGCCGGGCUGAGGCAGGGCAGCCGAUUGGUCGAAAUCUGCAAGGUUGCCGUGGCGACUCUGACCCACGAGCAGAUGAUCGACCUGCUGAGGACGUCGGUCACCGUCAGGGUGGUCAUCAUACCCCCGCACGAAGACGCUACGCCACGCAGAGGUUGCUCUGAGCUCUACCGUAUCCCAGUGGUUGAGUAUAAGAGCAGUGGUGAGAGUGGUUCGUUUGACUACAAGUUCCCGUUCCGCAGCAAAGACAACAAGUGGCAGAGAACCUCCAGUAGUCCCCAGCAGUCCCUGACGGCCUCCCCCCAGCCGCACACCCCCAACCGGGCCGUCAGCCUGGGGAGCUCUGGGGGGAAGACCCUGUCUGCUGAACGCCCAGAGAGAAACGCUGCUAUACCACGCAGUGUUAGUAGUGAUGGACGGCCGCUGGAUACCAAGAGAAUGUCUCCAGGCAGUGAGAACUAUGCUCCGGUCUCCUCUCUGGCACUGGGCCGUUCUCCUCACAACCGAUCUUCCCUGUCCAACCUCUCCUUCUCCAGUGACACCUCGCAGCAUUGGAGGACUCAGAAGUCCAUGCCCGAGGGGUUUGGAGAACACAGACAACACUCCCCUCUGUCUACAGAGCGACAGGUGGUAGGAGAAGGCGGGGCUAGUGGAAAGUCCACACCUAAUUGGCCGAGAGUGGAGGAAGGGGGCGGGACCGACAGAGGUUCUACAGAUGCUCCUGUGUCUAAGUCUGGUCCUGGGUACUCCGGAGCACCACGCAUCCAGAGGCAGGAGCAGGUCAUGCACCACUCCCCCAAGAAGUGCUCCCAGCCUGAGGGUCCCUACUCCAGCAGUAACACCCUGUCCAGCACGGCCUCGAGCGGGGGCCACAGCGACACCGACAAGUGGUUCGACCUGGGGGGCCCCGGGGGACCAGGGGAGGCCCCUGACUCUGAACCUAACGGCCUGGGAGGGGGGUACCUCCAGGGGGCCUCAGCCGACAGCGGGAUAGACACUUCAUCCUACGGAGGAGGGGGUGGGGGCCACUCACACCCCCACCAGGAGAGUUCUAGUUCCCUCUUGGCUCCUGGGGGUAGAGAGGGGAGGGAUAGAGCUCCAUCACCCUGGCAUAGCCCCACUGAGGGGGGCAGGAGGGUCCUGGAGAGGUCAUCCCCGGCCGCAGAGAGCUCACAACCCCCAGGGGAGAGGGGGGAGAGAGGAGAAGGGGCGGCUAGGACUCCUCCUACAUGUCUACUGGUUGGAGAUGGCAGCUCGUACAGUCUGACUGAUGCAGGAUCGCACUCCAGUUCCAGAGGCCACUCCCCUCGUGAGGACUCGUCUUCCUCGGCCACCUCCCCUUGCUCCCAGACGUCGGUCUCCCCCGGCCCUAAGACCUUCUACCCCCGUCAGGGAGCCACCUCCAAGUACCUCAUCGGCUGGAGGAAGCCAGGAUCCACCAUCAACUCUGUCGACUUCGGAGACAACCGCAAGAAGUCUCCAGGGGAGGGAGGAGGAGGAAGUGGAGGCGAGGGGAGUGGCGGCGGCGGCGGAGGACGAGGGGGUCAGGAUGGGGGUAACAGCAGACCCCAUCACUCCCUCCAGCCACACCUCACCCACGCUAAGACCACCGCGGAGGACGACAUGAAGAGACUGAGUCCAGACAGCCCCCCCAAACACAGACGACACAAGGUCAAGGUCAAGUCCUCCUCCUCAGGCCAGCCCCCUACCCGUCGGUCUCUCCACCGCACCCUGUCUGAUGAGAGUAUCUACCGGGGCCAGCGUGUCCCCUCUCUGAGGCUGGGGGACCUAGAACCAGACCCUACCCUGGGUAAUGACAUGUUGUUCAGCUGCUCUACCCUGCCACGCUCUCCCACCACCCGCGGGGUGCCCCUCAGACGACCCUCGUACAAACUGGGGAUCAAACUACACGGGGAUCUGUCUGCGUCUGACACGUCAUUGGCUGAGAUGGUUGAGCGACAGCGCCACCCCCUUCCCCAGGAGCUGAUGCCCCUCCCCCCCUCUGAGAGCAGGGACAGCCCCCUGGACUGGACCCACCUGGUGGAUGUGGCCAAUACCUUCGAAUGUAAGAUCCAGAGAGGGUUUGUGUUCAGUGAUUCUAACCACAGAGGUAGUGGAGCCUCCAGCCCUCACCAGUCACAGCCCAGCCUGGACCUACAGCCUGCCCCUCUGUCCAGACCAUCAUCCAGUGAGGGUCCAGCAGGUCUGGAGAGGAAUGUGACCAAGCUGGAAGCCGUGGUCAAGAUGCUACAGGAUGACCUAAAGAAGGAGCGUGAGGAGAAGCAGCGUCUCCAUCUGCAGAUCAAAAGGCUCUGGGAGGAUAACCAGCGGCUGCAGGAGGAGUCCCAGAGCUCUGCUGCCAAACUCAAGAAGUUCACAGAGUGGGUUUUCAACACCAUCGACAUGAACUGAGACAGACAGAGGAGGAGAGGAGGAGGGUUCUACCACAUUGACCAGAAGAGGAGGGGGAGGGAAAGGAGAAGAGUAAAUGGAAAGAGAGAGGACCAGUCCCAAAAACAUUCCCCUUCUCCCUUGCACAAACUGAAGUACUGAUUUCACUCUCCAUGCCUCUUCCUUGUCCCUUGAAGUACUGAUUUCACUCUCCAUGCCUCUUCCUUGUCCCUGGAAGUACUGAUUUCACUCUCCAUGCCUCUUCCUUGUCCCUGGAAGUUCUAAUUUCACUCUCUGAAGUGCCAACUAAGGUUUCCUCUCUCAACUACCCACUGAAACUCAGGAUUAGCUAGAAGGACAGUCUUCUUCUGUUAAAUAAUGAAGGAUUUAUUUCAUACUGUGGGAUUUGAAGAGGAGCUGUGUGUGUAAUUGUGAUGGGCUCUCGGUACUGCCAAGAAAUACUGGAGCUCAGAAGACUAGAGCUCUGUCCUCCUCCUCUCCUCCCUCACUGUCUGAGCUGACUUCACUCUGGGGGUGGUAGGAAGACUCCGACAUAAAGAGAGACUUGUGUUUUACCCCAAUAGCCAGCCUCUCAGUGGCUGUACAGUACAUCUCUUCAGCUAAGGCCUCAAAGCACAUAAGAGCACAGAGUAACAGGAAACUGUGGAAUCUCAUCUCGUCUCUUCUCCCUGUCUCCACUCUUCCUCCUCUGCAAAUUUGACUUGUCUGAUGCUACCUCUGUCUACACUACCCCAACAGACAGGCAGAUAGAUGGACGGAGGGAAGAGGCAGACAGAGAGGAGGCAGGCAGGCAGGCAGACAGACAGACAGACAGACAGACAGACAGACAGACAGACAGACAGACAGACAGACAG